UUAAAUCACUUAUCCAUAUCAAAGAAACUUAACACAAGUAGAUAUAUAUAAAGAGAAAUGUUUGAUAAGCUUAUCGGAGGGGUUGCCGGAGGGAUUACCGGAGGGAUUAUUGGAACGGUCGAUGGGUUUGCCAAAGGGGUCGGAGUAUGGCCCAGUAAUUACCAGAGCACCGGUCGUGUCUUCGAGGAGCACAAUAAGACGCGUCCGUCCAACCAUGGCAAUGGUAACGACGGUGCGGUGAAGCCUUGCGAGAACUCUGGCGGCCGCCGCCAGAAAGACAGGGAGUAAAGGACUCUGGACCGCACCCAGUAAUGACUAUAUAUCCCAAAUAAGAUGUAUCCCAAAUAAUAAAUGUAUAAGAUAUAUGUGUGUUAUGGACAUGUUUCAAUAUCGUACGUACCAAAACCAAAUAGGGGACUUUUAAUAAAAAGUGUUCUUGUUUGUUGACCUUAUCACUACUAUGGAGUGUUGUUGUUGGUA